AUGUCAAACGAGGAGGUCAGUUCGUCUCAGGGCACUAAGCGGCCGAAAAGGCGUAAAGUAGAUUGUAGCGGAUAUUGUGGUUUAACUGAGGAGGAAGUCAAUAGUAUUUUAAGUCUGGUAGAUGAAGAUAUUUACUUGUCUGACGUUAGUGAAGAAGACCCCUUUCUCGAUAGCGGAAGCGAAUAUUGUCCAUCUUCUGAGGACUCUGAGAGCGAUCUGGAUGAAUUGGAACCGGAAAAUGAACAAGAAAAUCAGCAGGAAGAGUCUCAAUUCUAUCCAUGUCAAAAUUUGGUUAUAGAUGAGAGUAUGAUUCUUUUUAAAGGAAAGCUCAGUUUUAAACAGUAUAUCAAGACCAAGAAACAUCGUUUUGGAAUUAAACUCUACGUGUUGUGUGAUUGCGAAACAGGAAUUGUCUUAGACUUUAUAAUAUAUUGUGGAAAAGACACUAAUAUAAAAGCAGAAGACAAGAAUAAUCUUGGUACUACAGGGGCCGUUGUUGCAAAGCUUUUAGAGCCAUACCUCAACAAGGGACAUUCUCUUUAUACGGAUAAUUUUUACACCAGCCCUACACUUUCAACUUUUUUGUUACAACAUAAAACAAACUCAUGUGGAACUGUAAGGCAAAAUAGGAAACAUAUGCCAGUAUUUGAUAAAAAAUUAAAACAAGGAGAUACUGACUGGAGAAGUAGUGAAAAUUUAUUGGCAAUAAAAUGGAAAGAUCGGCGGGAUGUUGUGAUGCUGACCAGUAUGCAUGAAAAUAGAAUGGUUACUUUGCCGAAAAUAAAUCGAUCUACAUAUGAAAAUGUAAUAAAGCCGUUAUGUGUUCUGGAAUACAACCGUCAAAUGGGGGCUGUCGACAGAUCAGAUAUGAUGCUGAGUAGCGUAGAUUGCACUCGAAAAUGUCUGAAAUGGUAUAAGAAGUUAUUUUUCCAUUCGAUUGACAUAACAUUGCUAAACGCACAUGCAAUGUUUUCCACAAGACAUACUAAGAAGACUUCAUUCGCCAAUUUUCAUCUAGCGGUUAUUGCUCAACUUAUAGACAGGUAUGGCAUAGUAAAAUCUAUACAUUGCGAUUUGGGCAAUGCCAGGCUUCAGAAUAGACACUUUCCGGUGUCAGUUCCACGAAAACCAGGCAGUACUAAGGUUGGAUCCAGAAGAUGUUGGGUUUGUUCCCAUACAAAGCAGAAGCAAGCAAAAAGAAAAGAGUCCAGCUAUAUGUGCCCAGAAUGUGACGUUGGAUUAUGCGUGGUCCCUUGCUCCAAAAUAUAUCACACAGAGGCUACUUUUUAA